UUGACAUCUGUCCCUGCCCCUGUCCAUAACACAAAGCAAUAUAAAGUUUACCAAAUAAAUAUUUACACAAGUUAAUACAUAUUGCAUUUGUUAAUGAUAUUGCCCGAAUAUUUUGGCAAUUGCCUUAACUGUACUUCACUCAAUUGAUUACAAAAGAAGAUGACUGAAAAACGAAUAGGAUUUUUAUACAAAGUAGCAACUAGAUUAGCAACUGUACCACAAGAGAAUUCGCAAGUACAACAUCUUAGAAGUUUUUACUUGAUGAGAUGUAAGGAAAUAACACAAGGUUAUGGAUUACCACAGCAACAAUUCUCAGUCAAAAGCCGUUGUCCGCAUUGUUGUUUAGAAUGGACAAAAAAUACUGUUUCAAAAGUCAAAUCAUUACAACUCACCAAAAGACAGAGAAAAAGAAUCAAGAAAAAUAAAACAAAAAAAGAUUUAUUACAUAGCAAUAAGCUUGAACAAAUCUGUUCUUUUUGCAAACACAACACUACUAGGACUGUUUUAAAACCAAAAUCGAAAGAUAAAGAACUAAAAAAGGUUGAAUUAAGAAAUACAUAUACGAAAAACAUAAAAUCGAAAAAUGUUAUAGAAAAUAAAGAGGACCUAAAGGCGACUGAGAAGAACCAAAUACUAAAUGCAUAUAUCACAUCCAAGGAUGUAUUUUCAUUGAGCAACAAAAAUAAUACACUAUCAAACACUAUUAAGGAUAAACCUAAAAUAAUAAAAAACAACAAAAGGAAGAAAGAUAAAUUUGCUGGUUUAUGUAAACAAGCAGUAUUGGCAUCUGCUAAAUUAAAAGUUGAAAAGGAAAAGCCGAGUAACAUUUCUUUAUUUCUCAAACCAUGUUUAUAGAAAAAUAUUUCUA